AAGCGUAAGAAAAAGGGGUGCUCGAGAGCGAAGGCAGGGAGCCCGCAGCAAGGCACCUCUGCUGAAAGGGAUGUGAUUAGGGUUGCCGUCGCCCACGUUCUCAGCCUGAUGCCGGCGGCGCCGGCCGGCCCCUGGCACCCACACCACGCUUCCCCACUGAUCUUCGUCCUCCUCGCGCGCCUCUCUUCUUCGUCCCCUGUCCCCUCAGUAGAUGGAGAGGGGUCUGAAAUCCAAGGCGCACUGGGAUUCAUUCGGGCACAAAGUGUUCUGCGAGAUCUGCAAGGAGGAGGUCGGCGCCGGGAACAGGCCCGUCUCGUAUUUGAAUAAGACGGGAUACAAGAAUCUCCAACACAAGUUCUUGGCUAGGACAGGGAGAAAUUAUGAGAGGAAGCAGUUCAAAAACCGGUGGGAGUCCUUGAAGAAAGAAUAUGCUCAUUGGGUGGCCUUUACACAGGCUGCAACUGGGCAGCGGUGGCAUAGCGCGUCGGGAACAGUAGAUGCCGACAAUGAAUGGUGGGUGAAGCUCACAGAGGCCCACCCAGAAUUUGUAAAGUUCCGGAAUGGACCACCAGAAAACCUUGCUGAGCUUGCCGCCAUGUUUGACGAGACUCAUGUGACAGUUUCAUCUUCCGCCAUCCCGGGUGAGCAUAUAGAAGACCCCAUGGAUAUUGUUGAGGUUGAGGAUGGCAAUUGUUAUCUAGAAUGCAACAAUGAUCUGGAAUACAACAAGACGUCUGACCAGAAAGCAAAGGGAGCUGAAAAGCGGAGGGCUGCUGCCAUUGCUGCUAGUCCAAAGAAGAAAUCAAAGCAACAAAAGAACCCGCCGGAUCAGGAGUUCAGGCAUGUGACCAACAUAAUGGCUGGUAGCACUUCAGGAACAUCUUCCAGUGAUGUUCCAAGAGGUCAUGGGAUUAAAGAUGUCAUCAAGUUGGCUGUGCAGUCUGGGGCGAAGGAAUGCAGCGAUCUGUUCUUCACCGCCACCAAGCUGUUCAUGAAUGUGGACUAUAGGGAGAUGUUCAGUGCUUUCGAGACCAAUGAAGGAAGGCUCGAUUGGCUGAACAGAAUGCAUGAAGAGAUGAAGAAGAAAUAAUGUAUUUGCUUCCCUGGCCGCAAGAGAUAGGUGGAUAGAUCAGUCCAUGCAUGUGUGAACUUGUGGGACAGUUUCAGCUUGCCAUACCCUGGAAAAAGAGAGGAGGGAUAUAGGGGUUUCAGAUUAGCAUCAUUGCUACCGCUGAAUGCUGAUGACGGUGGCAGCCUGUGGACGUGUGGGAGAAAUUGUUGUGAGAGCGUCCACAAUCCUUAACUUGUUGAGAGAGAGAGAGAGAGAGAGUGGAUAUGUAAUUUUUUAGUUUGCUGGCCUAAAUGAUCACAAUUUCGAGUAUCAUGGAUAUAAUAUACUCCAUCCAAGUCAAUUUAUAUUUCACAACAUAUAA